AUGGUUGAUUCAGCAACACAAGAUCGUCUAUUUUCAUUUGGUUAUCCACCUACCGAUAUUCGACUUCGACGUGUCGGAAUUGAUUCAUCAUUACCUUAUUCUGUUGCAUUAAAUAAAAGACAUAAUUGUGGUUUACAAUCCAAAGAAUAUGUGGAGAAAAGUAGUUCUAAUGAAAAACUUCAUCAAGGUUUAAAAGAUGCGAUCGAUUUUCAAGAAAAUAUUUGCGAAAAGGAGAAAAAAAAAAAUAAUAAAUUACUUGCAGUUUAUGCGUAUAAUAUAAACUGGCCACGUUGUGUUUGUUAUUUAAGUCAAACGGAUGGUUCGGUAAUCAUUUGCGAACAAGAACGAUGUCGUGUAAUUUUAUUCACAUCUCAAUUAAUGUUUCGUUCAACUUGCGGUGGAACACGAGGAAAUGGUCUUUAUGAAUUUGAUUCACCAUGGACUGUUGCAGAAUUUAUCGAAAAUUCUACAUCAAAUAUUCUUGUUGCUGACACAAAUAAUCGACGUAUUCAAUGUUUUACUAUUGGAUAUCGAGGAAAAUUUAUCUAUAAAUAUACAUUAACAACAAAAGAUAAACCUUUAUAUUUAGCAACAACGAGACAUUGGUUGGCUGUUUCAUGUGAAAAUGGUUUUCUCAAAACAUUUUUCAUUUCGGAAAGAGAGGAAAUUUUGAAUCUUAAUUUAAAUCAAUUAUUUUCAAUUAAAAAAGGAAAAUCGAUUGCAUACUGUGUUUGUAUGGAUCCAAAUGAUCAUUCAAUAUUUGUAAGUAAUCCACUUGGAACAAAAAGUUUAAUUCAUCAAAUUACAAUCGAUGGAAAAUACAUUCGGUCAAUAAAAUUAUUUAAUCAACCAUUUCUUCAUAUUCAUUCGCUGAAUUACGAUCAACAAAAUCGACAAUUUCUUGUAAUUGAUUCGAUCAAUUCAGUUAUUUACUCCAUUAAACCUGAUAUACAAGAAAAUAAUGUUGAAAUACUUUUCAAACCAGCUGAUCAUCUAAAUCAUCCACAAUCAUUAGCAAUUACCAACGAAGGCCAUUUAAUUGUUACCGAAUGUAGUGUUUUAACACAACAUGCUAUAAAAAUAUUUCGAUACUUAUCAUGUUCGUGUCAUUCACGAGCAGCGACACCCAGUGUUAAGACAAGUGACAUUACGAGUGUUAAAUCAAUCCUUUUACAAUAUUAA